AUGAAUUUUCAUCCCGACACUCUUCCCAAUCUCCAUGACAAAGUAUUCAUAGUCACAGGUGGGAAUUCUGGCAUUGGCUACUAUACCGCAGCUCAUUUAGCAAAACACGGUGCCAACGUUUACAUCGGUUCCAGAUCUACAGAGAAAGGAACUGCAGCGAUCACCGAAAUCAAGAAAAUGCACCCCUCAGCUAACGUGCACCUCCUGAAAAUGAAUCUCAUGGAUUUGAACAGCGUUCUCUCAGCUGCCGAGCAUUUCAUCGCCCUUGGAAUAGCAUUACAUGGCCUAGUCAACAACGCAGGUAUCAUUGUGACCCCCUUUGAAAUAACCAAAGAUGGCUACGAGGCUCAGUGGCAGACCAACUACCUGGCGCAUUGGCUUUUGACAGAUUGUCUCCUUCCUAUCAUGAUACAGACCGCCAAAAAGCUUCCUACUGGUAGCGUCCGCAUAGUCAACCUCUCUUCAUCCGGUCACUUGGGCGCACCAAAAGGCGGUAUCAAUCUCGAUGACCCAUCGCUUAGGGAAAGUGGUUCGUGGAAGUGA